CGGAUUUCCGGUGAAGUAUAAGGAGGGAAAAUCUAAACAUUCUGUCAAACGCCCCUUCAGAAACUACCUAGCUAGCUACAUCUUUCUCUCGCCUACAGGUGUAUUUCAAGCGAAAAUAGAACUACUAUUUUGUCCAGGUACAGAGAGAGAGAGAGAUAAUGCAGAGGACCUCACGUCUGAAACGCGAGUUACAGCUGCUUAGCAUGGAGCCUUCACCGGGGAUCACUUGCUGGCAGACCGAGGGGAAGAUGGACGAGCUCCGGGCCCAAAUAGUGGGGGGAGCUGAGACUCCGUUUGAAGGAGGAGUCUUCUCACUGGAGAUCGUAGUUCCCGACAGGUAUCCCUUUGAGCCCCCUAAGAUGAGGUUCCUGACCCCCAUCUACCACCCCAACAUAGACAACAAUGGUCGCAUCUGCCACGACGCCCUCAAACUACCACCCAUGGGCGCGUGGAAACCUUCCCUGAACAUCUCCACAGUGCUCACCUCCAUACAGCUGCUGAUGGCUGAACCCAACCUUGACGACCCACUCAUGGCUGACAUAUCAUCAGAGUUGAAGUACAGCAAGCAGGUAUAUCUGGAGAAGGCCAAGAGGUGGACAGAGAAACAUGCUGUACAGAACAACAAGGGUGGUGUGGUGGAGACCGUGGACAGUGUAGAAGCUCGGGUCCAGCCGUCGGCCCUCAAGAGAGAAGCUCGGGACAAGACCGAGGAACAUCCCAAGAGAACGUGCCAGUAGCACAUCUCGUUUUCGUGCUCUGUCCCCUUUGUGUUGGUAACAGUAAUUACUUCACACUUUGUGUUUUGAGAUUUUCCCUUUUUUAUAUAGUUAUGUACGGACCUAAGGCUGCGAUUCAUUCAUAGCAAUGUUUAGGCAGUGUCUCUUAAUUUACAGUAUUCAUCCCACACACACUUGUAGUUCUGAAAGUGAAAGCAUACUUGUUAAGACGGGUCGACCUACUUGUACGGAACCCAAGUCCAAUAUGUGACUUAAUUAGACCUUUGGAAAAAUAACUGUUGUUGAAAUGUUAUGCUGCUUACUCUAAUUAUUAAAAUAUGUUUUGAAGCAAA